AGCAGCUGUGCCAAAGCAGGGCAGCAGGCGUAGCAGCACACUGCCGGCUGAGGACCAUGGCGCUGUGGCUCUGGGGCCUCCUGCUCAUCGGCCUUUUUCCUCUGCACUGGGGGUCCGCGGAACCAGUGGAUGAGGGCCAGAGGAAGGUGCUUCUGACCAGCCUGCCCCAUACACCAGGCCAGAAGGGGUCUUCCUUGCCCUUAGAGGAUGGGGCAAUCUCAGUGGUCACUCCCCCGCCAGUGGUCACUCCCCCGCCAAACUCUGGGGUCCUGGACUUUACCUUUGACACUCAGGAGACCAAUUCUGGCUCAAGCGGUCCACCGGCAGACACCAAGGGGAACAGCAGCGGGCCUGGGCCUGGAGGGCCCGAUGGCGUGGAGGAGGUUGGAGGAACUGGGUCCUCUGUGGCGGACGGGGAGAAGGAAGCCAACACCUGUGCGGAGGCCCCGUCACCGAAGCAGAUGCGCAAGCUAGCUGAGGCCAUGAUGAAGUUCACCGCCGACCUGUUCGGAGAAGUCCUGCUGAAGUCAGGCAGUCCCAAUGUCGUUUUGUCUCCCCUCAGCGUGGCCCUAGCACUGUCUCACCUGACACUAGGAGCAGGGAACCGAACGGAGAGAAAGCUGCUGGAGGUGUUGCACACGGAGUCCGUGCCCUGUCUGCCCGACACCCUGAACAGAGUCCGCGUGGAGCUUAGCCGCAGCGUCCUGAAGCUGGCUGCCCGCAUGUACCUGGAGAAAGGGUUCCCGAUCAAAGAGGAAUUCCUGGAGAAGUCAGAGAGAUUUUUUGGGGCCAAGCCAUACAGCCUGACCGGGAACAAAGAGGAGGACCUCAGGGUGAUAAACAACUGGGUGAAGGAGGUGACCAAUGGCAAGAUUGAACGUUUCCUGUCGGACCUCCCCGCCCAAACCGUGCUACUCCUGCUCAAUGCCGUCCACUUCCAAGGCUUCUGGAGGACCAAGUUUGAUCCCGCCCUGACCAAAACGGACGUUUUCCACCUGGAUGAGCAGUUCACAGUCCCCGUGCAGAUGAUGAAAGCGCAGAGACUCCCCCUGAGCUGCCUCUCCUUCGAUGAGCUUGAGGUUCAGGUGGCCCGGAUCCCCUUCAAGAGCAACAUGAGUUUUGUGGUCGUCGUCCCCAGCAAGUUCGAGUGGAACGUCUCCCAGGUGCUGGUGAACCUGAGCCAGGCCAUCCUGCACCAAAGCUUCCCCAGAGAGAAGCCCACCGAUUUGAAGAUGCCCAAGCUGCACUUGGAUCACCAGCUGGACCUCUCUACCACCCUAAGCCACCUGGGCCUCCAGGAGCUGUUCCAGGGCCCGGACCUGAGCAAAAUCUCGGAGCAGAACUUGGUCGUGACGAGCAUCCAGCACCAGGCUACCCUCGAUCUCAACGAAGAGGGAGUAGAGGCCUCGGCGGCCACCAGCAUCACCAUGUCCCGCAUGUCUGCUGCUUCCAUCAGGGUGAAUAGGCCCUUCCUCUUCUUCAUUUUCGAGGACACCACGGGCCUCCCGCUUUUUGUGGGUAGCGUCAAGAAUCCCAACCCCAGCGCUCAGCCGGAGAGGAAGGAGCAGCAGGACUCCCCCGACGAGAAGUCCUUCUUCCUCAACGAGAAGUAUUCCCCUCCUGAGGAUUUCUACACCCCUGGCGAGGACCCCUUACUUAACGAAGCGACCAACGGGCCCAAGUGAAAGGCGCUCAGAGCCCCAGCCCCAGCCCGGCCGCCCCUCUCCAGAGGAGAACCAUUUGGAGUGGGGGGGGCUGUUUGCGCUGGGGAGGGGGCUCCCUGGGCCCAAGCCCGGCUUCCGAGCCUCUCUCCAGCUGCCUCGCACGGUUUAAAACGCUCACUGGCUCGUCGUCUCGGCUCCUCUCUCAGCCCCACCCCUCCCGCUAAUUUAGCAGGAGUUGGGGGAAAGCAAGCCCACUUUCCCACCCCUGUGGAGACCCUCCCUCCUGCCAGGGCACAGGCUUGACCCUGCUCAUCUUGGGGCCCCACUCAUCCUGUGAGCAGUUGCCUGCUCCAAUUCGAUAGACGCCCCUGAGAAUCCAUCCGGAAAUGGUCAGUUUGGCUGGCCUUAUGCCCAGGGCAUCCUUCUCUCCUCUCUCUCUCUUCCCCCACAGCCAGGGCUUCACUUGAGCAAGCUGCCUCUGACGUGGAGGAGGAGGGGGAGGGAUGGGGAGUGUGCUGGAUAACAGAAGCUUUUUUUUUUUUGUAAAGUUUUUCUAGUGAUUUUUAUGUCCAAAUAAUAAAGAAUGAAGUGGCCAGGGCUGGUCUGA